AUGCCUCCCAAACGCAAACCUUCCUCCCCAAACCCUCCUAUCCGUCCCCCUUGCACUCACCCCCACCUUCUCACCACCUCGCACCCCGCAGCACAAUUUCCCCGUGUCUCUGCAUCGCGUCGCGCAGCCGCCGCGACAGCUACCGGGAUCCAUAAAACUGGUAUCACAGAUACGUAUCUCCAUGAUUUCGCAUCGGAUAUAGAAUUCGCAUCUACAUACCCUGCCCCCUUGGUGCUGAAAGGCGAUGCGUUAGAGAGUGAUGCGAAGGAGGCUGGUCAAACUUUUAGGGGAUGGGAGAGAGGGAAACAUAGAAAUGCGGUUCCGAGGGUGGAGGAUGGGGGGAAGCGGAUAAUUUACGUCGUGGGGCCGCCGGGGAUGGAUGGUGAGGAGAUAGAGAAAUUUAUGAAGGGGUGGGAGGAGUGCGAGGUUGAGCAUAGUGAGAAUAGAGCAGGGGGUAAGGGUGUCGAGAAUGAGAAAAUGGAGUUGGAUAGUUGGAUGCUAGAUGUUGUUUCGUAUCUCCAAGCAUUCUAUCACGGUCUCCCAGUUAAACAAAUGGAUUCGUCACUCCUGAGUUUUACACCAUGGGAGGAAGCCUCUUCACCCUCAACAUCCAAAUCCAAACCCACAUCCAGAGCCACCUCCAAAAAGAACCCACCCAACUACAUAGGCCUCCGCACCUCAACUUUCAAAACCGGUAUCCGCUACCGCUCCACCCCAUCCUCCCCUUUCACCCACCAGCUAAAUCUUUCCGAUCUCCUUGAUCUCGCGAUCGACAUUCUACCCUCUGACGCAUACGCAUUACUUUUGCUCGUGAACCAUGAUUUAUACGAAGACGACGACGACGAAUUUGUAUGUGGGAGAGCGUACGGCGGAAGCAGAGUAGCUGUUGUGAGUACUGCGCGCUACAGACCCGAUCUAGAUGCUGUGCAGGAAAUCGAGAGAAUUCAUGCUUGGCCGGGGAGUCACUGCGUCGAAUAUAUGAACGAGACGUGUGGUAUUAAGAAGGGGAAACGAAAGAGAGAAAAAUUCGAUGAACAUGAAGAUAAAGAAUAUGCAUCCGCGAGAAGUCCCUUGGUACGCGCAGUAACUCGACAGAAUAAUCUGACUCCACUAUCUCCCUCUCCCACCGUUCCUGAAGAUGCGCUCAAAGGUCUAUUUCUCAGUCGCAUAUGUCGCACUGGGUCUCACGAGCUGGGCCAUUGUUUUGGAAUCGCACAUUGUCCUUAUUAUGCUUAUUGUAUGCAAGGGAGCGCGUCGAUUCAGGAAGAUGCGAGACAGCCCCCGUAUUUGUGUCCGGUGGAUUUGAAGAAAGUGGUUACGGCAACGGGGGCAGAUGUUAGAGAGAGGUAUGAGGCGUUGUUGGGAUUCUGUGAGAGGUAUGGGAGUGCGCAUAUGUUUGUGGCGUUUGGAGAGUGGAUUCGAGGAAGGUUGGAGCAGAUCGAGAGAGUAGAGAGGAGUGGGAUGUUGGAAUGA